AUGGAAGGUGUUGAUGUUGCCAAAUACCCAGAAAUUAUUUGUAACAUUUUUUUUCCUCAUUGUUCUUUUUUAACUCUCUUUCAGAAUUCCCCACUCUACCAAUAUCUGCAGGAUUUGGGACACACAGAUUUUGAAGUAUGUUCAUCUGUGUCGCAGAAGGCAGAGCAAUGUGCAGCAGCGGAAAGUCAAAGAGAACGGACUGUGCAUGCUACCCAGAAACAAGGCAUCCUGUCAAAACUAGCUGAGUUCUUUAGAAGUUGGUUUCCUUUUCCACAGUAUAAGAAAAAUGAUGACAUACUUCACCGACUGGAUGUUGGAUUUCGAUUUGACACGCUCCGUACCAUCCUGCAACAGGAAGUUCUGCUGCAGGAGGAUGUGGAACUGAUUGAGUUCCUUGACCCCAGUAUCCUGUCCGCAGGGCAGUGUAAGCAACAGGAAAACGGACAGCUUCCAACGCUACGCUCCCUAGCAACUCCUAACAUUUGGGAUGUCUCACUGUUUCUUGCCGUUGUAAGUGCACUGCUUAUGCUUCCUUCGUGGUGGAAGGAAUCAUCGUGGCUGCUGUGGGGACUAGUUCUGCUUGUCUACACAGUCUUUCGAGUGUGGGGCACAUGGAGGACAGCCAAGCUACAAAUGUCCCUGCGAAAAUACUGUAUCCAGCUGGAAGAAACAGUGGCAAAUAGCCGAGCUUUUACUAAUCUCGUGAGGAAAGCUCUACGACUCAUUCAAGAGACUGAAGUAAUUUCCAGAGGAUUUACCCUUUUGCUUGACAGGGUCAGUGCCGCUUGCCCAUUUAAUAAAGCUGGACAGCAUCCUAGUCAGCAUCUUAUUGGUCUCAGGAAAGCCGUUUAUCGAUCUGUUAGAGCCAACUUUCGAGCUUCAAGACUGGCUACUCUAUACAUGCUGAAAAAAUAUCCUUUUU